CGUCAGGUCACUGCAGAAUAAAACCACACUGCAGAGAAAUCUCUAAUACCACAUCUAUCCCUAUUGCCAGAGUACCAUGGAUGACCCGUCACCCCAUUCAGGAGUUAAAAUAAGCAUGUACGAGAAGGAGUCGAUUUCCAUGAUAGCGAAGUGGAGCAUCGAGGCGAAUUCCUCAGCAGAGCGGGAUUAUGAUGACCCCUUCUAUAUAUGUGAUCUCGGCGACGUCAUUGCUAAAGACAGAAAAUGGCAGGAAUUACUACCGACAGUGGAAACUUUUUAUGCUGUCAAGUGUAAUCCCGACUUAGCUAUUCUGAGACUACUGGUGGGACUAGGAAGGGGAUUUGACUGCUCGAGUAAGAGAGAGAUUCAGAUGGUGCUGGAUGCAGGAGCAAGCCCCGACCGCAUCAUCUACGCCAACACGUGCAAACAGGAGUCGCACCUCCGCUACGCCAAGGAGAAGGGAGUCAGCCUCAUGACUUUUGACUCGGCUGAUGAACUGCAGAAGAUCGACCGCGUCUACCCAGAGGCAACGCUAGUGCUACGGAUGAGGUAUGACGACCCUAACGCUGUCUAUAAGCUGGGAUCGAAGUUUGGCUGCUCACAGGACAGCAUUCCACGACUGAUGGAGCUGGCGAAGACGUUGGGACUGAAUGUGGUUGGUAUAAGUUUCCAUAUUGGCGCCGGUGCUCGGGACCCGAACAUGUUUGCUGGGGCCAUCUCUUGUGCCAAGACACUGUUUGGCGUCGGGAAAGCCGUUGGUUAUGACAUGACGCUACUGGACAUCGGGGGCGGUUUUCCGGGCAAAACGAGCUUUAGAAUUGGAUUUCAGCAGUUUGCAGAAGCUAUCAGCGAGUCACUCGAGGAGCAUUUCCCAGCAGACUGCGGCGUGAGGGUGAUCGCUGAGCCCGGGACCUUCUACGUCCAAUCAGCGGUGCAUCUUGUGGCUAACGUCAUAGCCACACGUAAAGUUGGGGCCAGCAGUGAUAUACUUCAGGAAAAUAGCAAACUAAAGAAACACUACUUUGUGAAUACUGGACUAUAUAACUCUUUCAAUGCGCUGUACACUGUUCCGGACUAUUUUGCACCACCGUGUCCCUUAAGGGAACUGGAAGAAGACGAGCCGUUUUACCCGUCAUGCAUCUGGGGCCCGACCUGUGACGCCACCGACUGUAUUUUCCCUGACUGCAGACUCCCGGAGUUACGAGCUGGUGACUUUGUCAUUUUCCGCGAUAUGGGAGCGUACGCGUCGUCUGCAAGCUGUGAUUUCAACGGGUUCGGUACCCCGACGUCCCGCUACACCGCAACGAGAAAAUACUUACCACUUCUUCGCGAGGUUUUUCAAGGGUGCGCCACAGAAAAUGUUGACAUUGACCCGCAAACCAAGACCAGCGAGUGAUUCCACAAAUGCGCAGCCAUCAUAAACAUAUGAACUGGUGAUGACGUCAUUAGCUAGUGCAAGUCUACGCCCAAGAGGGUAUAGACGAACACAAGUAACCGAACUAUACCCGUCUUUAUGUGUUAGUAACACAUCUCUGUCUAAAAUGUGAAAUAAGAAAAAUAACUUUUCAUGGUUUCAUAACUGAGAAACCAACUUACAAGACGGUUUCUCAGAUGUAAAAUUUAGAUUAAAGUGAAAGUAAUUUUUCCCUGACUCUUCUAUCCAGACAUAUAGACAUAUGCAUUCAAAGUUAUUUGGGAAAAAUCUACAUUUCAAUUUUAAUAUAAACCUUACUUCGUGGCCCUUUUUCUGAGCACUAAAGUUUUGUUUGUGGAGGAUUUUCAUCAUACCAACCAAUUUAAGUAAAUUCCAGAAAACCUGUGAGGUUAAACCAGGUAUGUGUAUUAUUUGAUACAGAUACAGAUGGGACCCUAAUUUCUAUGUAAGUUUAUCCAUAGCUGACAAAUCUGCAUAUUUGAAACUUUCCAGCAAUUUAAAAUAUCAUACAUAAACUUCAGGAGUAUCGUGCGCUUAAUUGCGGCCGACACAUAUGAUCUUGCUUCCGGUUGCGUCUCCACAUAACACGACAAACAUGAGGCAGCUUUUUUUGAGGCAGGGUAUAGACAUUCAGCCACCGGUCAUUAUUGAAAAAAAAAACAACGUCCCGCUCUGUAGACGCAGUGGGAUUUUUGCGCAUUCAGCCAUCUGGCGGAGAUUUCUUGGCCCAAAGCAGCCUUAAAAACUACUAUCCCCGUAGAUUGAGCUUUGGAGAGGCCUUUGUCAAGGAUGAAUUAAGUGUUCUCCAAAACAAAAAGAGGUGCACUAUCACAAAUCGGGUACAAUGUUGAUUAGUUAUAGGUGGCGGAAAUUAUCUCCUCCAGCAAUAUAACGCAUUAUAAUGUACUGACUUAGCAGAAGAAGCAGACAUCUGGAAAAUUUCCACUUCAUAGAGACAAACCGUACGAUUUUCUUUACUUAACACAAAAAAACACCACCAUCAUGCAUAUUUGUAUCAGAAUAACAAAGUCAUAAGAUACAAAACAUUGGGUUGGCGAAGUGGGGAGUAGGGUUGGCGAAAUAGUUCUUUCCUCGCCUUUCUCCUCUGCGGGGUUCGAUUUCCGGCUAAUUAUUAUUAAUUUUACGAACAAUAUAUCGGUGGAAUAUGGUAAGAAAGCAUCGAAGUAUUUUUUAAAUUUGGUAAAGCGUAAUUGUAACAAUAGGAUUAUAAGUAGAAUUAUGAAAGGUGACGGUACUGAUUUAACGACUUCACGAGAUAUCAUUAAAGAGGCCCGCUUUUUUUACAAGAAACUUUAUUCUUAUUCAGAACAGAGGCCUACCAUAAAUCUUCGCGCUGUUUUUAAAAGGUUAACCCACCUGUUCUUUCAAAUUUGACCAGGGACAAAAUAAGUGGGCCGUUGACUCAUGAAGAAAUUUUGAAAGUUUUGAAGUGUACCAAAAACGGCAAGUCUCCAGGCUUAGUUGGAUUCACUUUUGAAAUUCUACAAAUUUUACUUCUCUGAUUUCAUGUUUUUUGCGGUCUCUCAAAAACGUCUAAAAUCUCAGUUUACGUGGUUUCACUUCUCUUACUUCGUUUCUUAAAUAACUUACGGUUAUCGGACUCUGUCCUAACUUGAAGUGGUCACAGGUUGGGUGCUGCUAUACAGAAGGUACAACCUCGGCUGGAGAAUUUCGGCACUGUAAAAUUCUGCCAAGCUGGUAAAAGUCGGCCAUCAUCAAAUGACCACAAGGAACUUGCGAACUCAGCCGAACCCUGGUUGCAGUCAGUAUUCACCCCAACCUUUCCAAAAUUCUCUAACUCACCUUCUCCCUGACCUUUCCUGUCGAUCUCGACUGCCACCCUCAUUUUUUCUUAUUCCUCUACGAAAAUCCCAAGGCGCGUUUUACACCGAUAACCAAUAAAUGUAUAUUUUAUAAACACCGGGCUAAAAAGGAGUUAAUUUGGUAAGCGACCUGUUGAGGGCCAUUGUUUUAAGCUUAGGCGAUUUUAUCAGUGUUUGGAGUAUGGUGGAGUCAUUAAUACAGUUAAAAAAUCUUUUCGUUGUAAACUGUCGCAGGUCAACUGCAAUAUAUGCUUUACUUCCUUUUAUUCCUGUUAAUUCACUUUUGUUGGAUGAAAAAGACUCUACUCGUGUCUACCGUAUUCUUACCGCUGCAACGAGGGUUGUUCGUAAGUUUAUAGAUAGAUGGGAAACGAAGUUAGUUUGUAGCCUUCCUCGCAGGGAAUGGUGGAAUUUAUGUAGCCUACCUUUUUUUUUAACAUGAUACAAAACUGCGGUGGUUUCAAUAAAGACUAACUCAUAGAAUAUUUGCUGUAAAUUCGUCUUUGCUGAAAAUUGCGAAAAGCGAUAAAGACUUGUCUUCUUUUUGUCAAGCUGAUAGUAAAACUGUGUUACAUCUCUUCAUCUUGCUUCAAAUAAAUAAACUGC